GGCCGCUGGCGAUGGUCCUAACACGAAACAGAGCUACUGGCGGCCAUUUUGCCCUUUCCACUACCUUUAUGUUAGACUAGCCUUCUCUCACCAUCCUCUCCUAACGAUUGCUGGGUGCGCUUGGUUAUCGAAAUAAGGAGACAGGCUCUCUACUUAUGACGGCAGGCAACCAGGCGCAGCGGCAGUGGUGCGCCGUGAGUGAGCCACGGAACGAUUACGGAGAGCCGCUAGCAAAACAAUUUGUAACGAAGAGGAAAUUAAGUGCUCCUCGGCAAUCAACAGUGGCGAAAGUGCAGUGCUCCGUGCCGGCUCCGAACGGGACUCUUUCCGGUAACCCCGCGCCAAUGUAUUGGUUCCAAGCAAUAAUCAAGAACACUUCAAGACGGCCAGUCUGCUCCACGGAAUAAGGCGCCCAUCAUAUACGUAUGCAUCUAUUAUAUCUAUUACAAAUUUCCUGCAUCAGCCAUUGCAUCCAGAGUUAGUAACGUCUUCCCUCCGCCCCGGUUCGCCUCGCAUUAUUGAUUUUUUGAUGGUCGUCUUCGAAUCUGGACGGGAGCGCGCUGGCUGCCUCGUGCUUUGCGCGUUGAAAAGGAAUCACCGAUCCAAAACAAACAGAGAUUCCGCUAUUUAACCCUUGACAACAGGUAGCGACAUGUUUUCUCUGGCGACCGAAUGAACGUAGUAGUUAUUUUUUCAACAGUGGGAACAGCAACGAGAGAAGCAUAUCGCGGCGUACGGCACUGAGACGCGGUCGGUUGGAUUCAACGUCAUCAGUAACCGCCGACGUUGACUGCUGUGGUGGCGCGAACAGAGUAACCAAGCUGUUGACAACAGCCCGGCCAAUGCAGUCAUCAGCAUCUGCCCCAGUCGGCAGUACUUGAAGCGUGCAAACUUGAAGCGCGCACAGCAGCAACAGAUAAAAUUGACUCUAUUUAAUUCUAUCUGCAUCACAAAGCUGUUCAGUUACGAUACCAAGAUUGUUAGCGCAGUUUGAAUAUCUUGCAGUUAAAUUCGUGACGUAUAAUGAAUAUUCGCCAGCCUGAGGACCUUGAUUAAAGGAAUAGAUCCCUGUCGAUUGCAACAUUUAGCUCAACUAUUAGCGACGGACCAGCGAAUCCAACGCGUAGAAUGAUUUUCGAUCGGCACCGAACGUGAUAUACGUAACCUCUGACGAACAAGAGAAAAAUGGAUCACGCCAUUGUCGCGGAGGUAGUGAAGCCGGUGGCCGGAUGACAGUGUUGCAUUGCACACGUUGCUACAACGAGCGAAGCACGCUUUACUCAUUGAAGCUGUCAUAAGCGUCUUCUCCGUGUCUUUCGUGCAAUUAAGACGAUCAGCGAAGCUCAACUGAGAAAAAUGAGAGAUCACUCGUUAAUAACUAGCGCUCUUAUUCUGUAACGGUUAUGUUCAAUCGAAGCGUGCUCGGUAUUAAUGAUUGCUGUUAUGUUCAAAGUUCAGGUUUUGUCGUCGAAGCUAAUCAAAUAGUUUGUAUUAACUACGAGUAAAGUGAAAAAUUAAUAUCAUUUAAUAACGCGCAGUAAGCUAGACAGCCAUUUCACGGUCGAGCACUUAAAUUCUAACGAGUCAGCGCUCCGAACGUAACGGAACUGGUGCAUAACUGCUGAGUACACAUGGUCAGGCAACUUGCUGUUUUGCUACUACUAACAUGAAUGUUAAUGUCAUAGUAUUGCCUAAGCCAGUAGUUCCUGUCGAAAUCGGAAAAAGAACCACCAGGACGAACCGUGAUUAGGACAAGACGGACGAGACAAUCCAUAAUCGGGACACCGAACCUGAAACUGCUGAGGUUGUGUGUGAUUUCGUCGUUGGGAAAAACGCGUACCCCCCCCCCCUCUUAUUGCUGUGCCGGCUGUUCUUUCAAUUGAUCGCGGCAAUUGUAGCAUGAGAUCUCUGUAAUCAUAAUCUAUUGGAGCGACAUCGUCGCUGCCUGCAGUUACCGUUUCUGCACCUACGGCCGGAUCCCUCUCUAUAGGUCAGCCGCGACGAUCGCGUAGCUGAUUGCUCGCCCAAUCUUUCACUCAGUUACUGCACCGUAUGUGCUGGCCAAUAUAUCAACGCGGAUGCACAAAGAUCAUAUUAUGAAGUGGCCCCCACUUGUGAUACUCGGCGGUCUUGCCUCGCUCGCUGUUUCCGAGGAUCUCUGGCUACAGACCGUACGAGAUGUGACUCGGCUAUACCUACCUACAUUUAAGACGACAGAAAAACCUGUCAAGGACCUGGAAACACUUCUAUGGCAUUUGGCGCAAAUCAGAAGAGAAAAAACCCGCAGUGUUGCGAGCACCGAAAACGACAAGUGUAUAAGUGACCAAAGACUACAGGGCCUAUGCGGCAGAAAUGGUCAGUGUUUACCAGUAUCGUUUUUGAUGAAUUCAUUUGAUCCUGACCUUGACAAGAAUAAGAAGGCCUACAGUUUCGAGUCUGCGCUGACCAGCCUCUGUCCAGUUCUUUUAUUUCAAUCGCAUUUCUGCUCGUUCGUCAAUCGCUCAGAAACAACACCACUGUCCCGAAAUAAACAUGCCACAAGCAAUCUAUACAGUGAUUCGAAUGCGACAAAUGAAAAGCCAGCGGUGGCCUUGGAGGUUGUCGAAAGCCCUCGACUUGUGGAGGGUCGCUCUAGUGAUGUGGCUGAGAUGAAGCCUAAAGCAGUGCAGAGAAGCGGCGAAGAUAAGAUACUAUUGCACACGACCAAGCCGGAACCUUUUCAGGUAUGGUUAUACGGUGUUCUAUCGGUUAGCGUUAUCUCGGCUUGCUCCCUAACUGGUUUAGCGGUUGUUCCACUUCUGACGCGACAGCUUUUCGACACGAUGAUGAACGUAUUUCAAGGCCUGGCUGUUGGUUCGCUUUGUGGCAGUGCCGUUUUCCAUCUUAUACCGCAGGCGUUCGCCUUAACCGAGCACGAUGCAGGCUAUUUAUGGAAAAGCCUAGUGGUCAUCUUCGGCAUUUAUUUUUUCUAUCUAUCGGAGAGAAUCAUGAAGUUAUUGGCCGGUCUACGAAAGGAAGAGAAAACGAAAUUGCAGCUAAAUUCGGUUGUUGCCGACGAGUCUGGAACGCUUGUAGACUCUCAUGCCCAUACACUGCAUAGUCAUUCACACGCUCACCCACCUAAAAACGGCUCAAUUGCGUCUGUCGCAUGGUUGAUAAUCUUUGGAGAUGGGAUGCACAACUUCAUUGACGGACUAUCUCUUGGCGCGGCUUUCAACAACUCAAUCCUUGGAGGGAUUUCCAUUUCGGUAGCAGUCAUUUGCGAGGAAUUCCCACAUGAACUUGGUGACUUUGCUGUACUUUUAGGUGCAGGCAUGUCUGCUCGACAGGCGGUACUAUACAAUUUUCUGUCCGCCCUGACCUGUUUUCUUGGAUUAGCGGUUGGAAUUCUCGUGGGAGAUUUAGCAGAGGGAACACCGGCCAUCUUCGCCUUUGCGGGAGGCAUGUUCCUUUAUAUAUCACUUGUUGGAAUGAUGGGCGAGAUCAACGACGUUGUCGAGCGCAUUCAGGGCUUUAGAGGGCAAUUGCGGGCGCUGCUACUUCAGAACAUCGGGAUUGUGGUUGGUGUAGCGACCAUGUUUGUCAUGGCAAAAUAUGCCGAAGUAAUAGACUUUGAAGCUUUUUCGUUAACGGAAGACGAUGAAGCUGUCCUGUCAGACACGCUAGCUCAUAUCAAUCGCAACGUUAAGGGAAUGCUUGCGACAGGAUUUUAAUCUGUUAAUCACGAAUGCUGCUAACAGUAGACGAAGCACAUGUUUUUCAAUUGUCAGCGAUGUUGUAGAUCCUACGACUACGCUGUUUCUCUGUAACGCCAAAUAGCCAACGUAGAUGGCUAAUUUCUUUUCACAUGUUUAUUGAAUGAUUGCAAAUUUUAUUGCCAUAUAUACAACUUAAACGUUCACUACUACAGCCACGCCGUUGACAAAAAGACUCAUAAACAGGUGACGUGGACGCAGUAUAAGUAUUGUAUAGUCAAUAUAAUUUCUACACACAUUUACAAGUUCCUUUAUCUCUUUAUGGCUAAAUGAUAAGUAUCAAGGAUGGCAUCAGGGAGAUUCCUAUAAGGGAGAUAACGAUAAGUUAAAAAUGGAGUAUUCUCCCGUACCGACGGGACCCGAUCCCAUAUGCGUACUUGCUCACAUAACCCGCAUAGUUGUUUUUACCUAUAGUACGUUGCGAAUAUUAUUUCCAUCUGGGAAUUGCCACACAUAUGCUUGACGACGAGUAUCAGACAGAGAAUCUUUGGGGUUUGGGUAUAUGAAAGCUGCUCAAACAUAACGACAGGAAAAUAGGAAGACGCCAGCCCUUGACUUGGCAUGUAGACCUCAGUAGGUGUAUGCCGGCCAGUCCAAAGGGCGCCGUAGCGGUCAGGUACAUAGAGUUUAUGACUAUUAUUAUUAUUAUAUUGAUGAUGAUGUUGAUUAUGUGGUGUGCACUAUCGCCAGGCGCAAAGCAAUCUAGGUAUAUUUAUAGAUUAAUUAAUAAAUGAACUUGGUGUGUAAAUGGAGAAAAGACGGCAAGAGAUAAAAAAGAUAGGGCAAAGCAGAGUAUCUGUCAUCUGUUUUUGCUUUGUUGUAUAGUACAUGUUAUUAUUAUUAUUAUAAAUUGCCUAGUUAGAUAAAGUGAAGGUUUAGUCUGACACGAUGCUAAACUCAACUGCACGCUUCAUACGUGCGGUUCGACGUAGCAACAAAGAGUUGAAAAAAAACUUUGUAGUUUUUAGAGAUGUAUCCGUUCCUUCGGAGGGCAUAGAAAAUAUAUUGUCAUAAUUUUCCUUUUUUACCUAGAAAUUUCAAGGCUAAUUUAGCUCUCAAAAAAAGGGGCAUUCUAGCAUUCGUUUCCAUUUAACGCACGACACACAUAUCAGAUAAAAACCUUUCAGAUGCCAUGCCAUAAACUCUAACAAAUUCGACGAAACCAGUUUUACAGGCAAUUGCGCCAAGUUUACAGCAGUUUUUGUUAUUAUCUUGAUUACUGAUAUGUGACUCGCAAAUGGUAUAACAGUAACCAUAAACAUAUGCAUGUAAAUACAAGCGCUAUGGUAGCCGGAGCUGGGCGUUCAACUGUAAAUGUUUCAUAAUGUUUGCAAUGAAAAAGACAAUUGUCAGCGAUGCUUAAAACGUAGCUAUUUUUCAUGAAGAGAAGAGUGUUCGAAUCAAUUGAAAGCCAUACAAAGGAGCAAUAUGCUAAAAUCUGUGCACUAUAAUACAGUUCAAAUUACUGUAUAUUACGGAACGUCAAAUCCAUUUUACGUAUGUGAAAUUAUUAUAGCCAUUUUAUCAAUAAUCCCCCUGUGCCAUCACAUUAUCCUAUGGGUUGCAAUUAUUUUCACCCAAUUUAUAAGCUUAACAUAUAUGCUCGUUAGUCUUAUAAAUUGAGUAUACACAAUUUGAUAUAUAUAUGUCACAAUGUGUUCAGUGCACAGCCGUCAUAUAUAUAUAUAUAUAAAUGUCACUUUUAAAUAAUGACAUUGUAAAACUAAUACUGUACACUAUCUGUCUAAUAUUUGAUCAACUGGACGUCGCACAAUACGAUUCGCUGCCGAAAUUUCUUCCCUUUAGAAAACGACCGAAAUUAGCACAAGCUCAAGAACACAUUGUUAACUAAUCGUUCAAAGUAUGUACAAAGAAUAUAUAGAAUGCUCCACACGUUGUAUAUACACCGUUACAAUGGAGAAGACCACGAAAGCGCUAGCGAAAAUAGCCGCACGUAAGUAGGACAGAGUUUGAUUUUUGAUACCAGUACGCAGAAACUUGAAUGCAAAUGAGGCGAAGUGCAGCAUGUACAUAAAGAGAGAUUCGAACUUCAUUUGACCACUGGGCUGAGCGAAUUUCAGAUAUGGUCGAGUACAACAGUUUAUCAUAGUGUACGUUUGCGUUAUAAGCAAAAUAUUUUUAAAUUUCAAUACAUCUCAUAUGUGUG